AUGAAUCAACCCCAAAUUAAUCAAUAUCGAGAAGGUCAAAUAUUAACUGUAGGUUCACACAAGGCAAAAAUUAUCAAAUAUUUAACAAGUGGUGGGUUUGCCCAAAUCUAUGUAGCAGAAAUAUCGCCUAAAGAUGAAUACACAGGAUCAAAUAUUGUAUGUUUAAAAAGGGUCAUCGUUCCUGAUAAACUUGGGUUGAACGUAUUAAGAGCGGAGGUUGAUGCCAUGAAGUUACUUAGACAUAAUAAACAUGUUGUCUCCUAUAUUGAUUCUCAUGCAAAAAAAUUUUCAAUCGAGAAUGGUUCAUAUGAAGUGAUCAUGUUAAUGGAAUACUGUAAAAAUGGUGGACUAUUGAAUUUUCUAAACACAAGAUUACGUAAUAGACUCACUGAAAUUGAAGUACUAAAUAUUAUGAGCCAAACUUGUCAAGGAGUAGCUGCAAUGCAUAAAUUACAACCACCUUUGAUCCAUAGAGACAUUAAAAUCGAAAAUGUGUUGAUCUCUAAGGAUAAUGUUUUCAAGAUAUGUGAUUUUGGCUCGGUUUGUGGGAUAAUUCGUCCUCCUAGAAAUUCACAAGAAUUAAUGUAUGUUCAACAUGAUAUUAUGAAAAAUACAACCGCACAAUAUAGAGCCCCUGAGAUGCUUGAUUUGACUCGUGGUUUCGCUAUUGAUGAAAAGGCAGAUAUAUGGGCACUUGGGGUGUUCUUAUAUAAACUAUGUUAUUAUACAACACCCUUUGAACAUGCUGGCGAAUCUGCUAUUCUCUCUGUAAGAUACCAAUAUCCUGCAUAUCCAAUUUACAGUGAUAGAAUGAAAAAUUUAAUAAGAGUACUUCUAUCUCCAUCACCUUUACAAAGACCCAAUAUAUGUCAAGUUUUGGAAGAAGUGUCUAGAAUGCAAGGUGUUCCAUGCCCAAUCAAAAACUUUUAUCUGGAGAGGGUCAAAGAAAGUGAAUUGGUAUCUUCUCAAACAUUAAAUUUCCCAAUACCUGUCACAAAUUAUUCACCUACAAGGAAUCCAGUUACUCCAAUAAAACAACAACAAAAAAUUAUUUCGCCAUUAAAACCACAGAGAUCACCAACGAAGGAAUACAUACCGAUGUUACAAUACAGUCAAACUGUAACACUUGGACAAUCUAAUAAUAUAAUUCCUAAUCCAAUCAAACAAGAUUUCCUAGCAAUGCAUCCAUCCAAAUCUAUGACAACUUUUGAGUCUCAAUUAAAUCAUCAAAUAGUCCAACCAUCCCUUCAGGAUUUUUCAUCUUCAAAGCAAAAGACUGUUUCAUCCUUUAAUCAAUAUAAGGAGCCAUAUAUCCAUGAUAAUAUUCACAGUAAUGUAGGCAAAACUAUAGUUAACCUUGUUAGCAAUCCUCUCCAACCAGUUAACUCUAAUAAGAGAAAUAACAAAUAUGUGAAUUCACAGACACAGACAAAUAAUGAAGAAUGUAUAGACUCUCCUGUUUCAUCAAGAAGAAGUUCAAUUAGUCAUAAUAGAUCAUCUUUAUCCUUGAAGCAAACUAAUGUUACUGGUAAUGACACAGGAGGUAGCAUAGUAAAAAAAUUAACUGAACAACUGAAAAGAGUAAUGUCAAAUGAGUCUGGUAUUAAUACUACUACAUCUUUAGUUAGAACAUCAUCGAGAAAUAAUACAGGUAAUAGUAUUAAAUCCACAAUAGAAGCAUUAAGAAAUAGCGUAUCUGGCAUCUCCAGCAAUGUAAGAGCCUUCUCAAUGGAACAUCUUAGAAACCCUUCCGCUUCAUCAUCUACAUCGUCUGUUGGUAAAAGAAACAUCUCCUCUGAUUCAUUUCUAGAUCAAGACAAUCAUUAUAACAACAAUAGAAAGUUAGAUAAAAGAUCAACAUAUAAAAGUGUCCAACUUCCGAAGGUGAAUAUUGAAGAAAACGGACGUGAUAUGUUAGAUACCAAUACUAAUAGUCCUCAAAACAAUUAUAUUAUCAAUGAUUACAUUGAUGAAAAUUUGCUUGGUAUACCAGAGAAACCAGGAGCGUUCAAAUCUCCAUCCCCCAUUAAAUUUACUAUCAAUGCAGACACAAAAAAUUCUAUCGAAAAGAGAGUCAUGACACUAUUAAAAGCCGCUCAAAAUUCUCCAGCAAAAAGAACAGCAUCGGGUUAUGGGAAAUACACUAACGUUAAUUCACAGAUUAAUCAACCUCUAUUGACUGUCAACAAGCUUACUAAACAAUCACCAUCAAAAAAUCUAGAGUUUGUUAAAAAUAAACCAAAGGUUUCAUUAAGCUAUAACACGACCGAUACUUCUUCAAAAAGACAAAGCAGUGUUGUUUUGAAGCCACUAAUUGAAUCUACAGAUCAAAUCGUAAAAUCUGAAGGAAUCAAAUUACCACCUCCUAUCCCCAAAAAACCUAUAUUCUUGCGUUCACAAACAUCAAAGAAACCAAUUCUUUACCCUUACAUGAAUCAAAAUACAUCCUCAAAGGAAAAUAAUACUAUACCAGACAGUGAAAGAAUUUCGAAAACUAAAAAUUCAGAUUUAGAGUGCAACAGUUUAGAUAAACUGGAACAAGAUUUUAAAUGGAAAUACCCAAGCAUAGUACAAUGA